AAGCAGGGGAAGAAUUGACGUCCAGAAGAUCCUGCCUAUAGGAUCCGAGUUGUCAAAGGAGCUGUUCUUUUUCUUCACUUUAAAUCCAGCUGGCAAAUGCAGGUGCUAAAACCUGGAAGAGAUUGGGACUGCAGCAUGAAUGACAGCAACUAUCAAAAGUUCUUGCUUUUUGUAAUUCCUUUAUUUUAGACUCAAUUCUGCUCGGCAGAACUGAAGCUGGGAAUUUAACUAGUUUUGCUUUUGAAAAUGCCUCCCACUUAUUGGUCUUCGAAUUUGACAGAUGGCCUUUUAGAACUGAGGAAUACCUAGCAGCAAAACAAGUCAAUGAGAAAAAGGCAAGUUUCAGGAUUCAAAGUAUGCUAAAAAAUCUUCUCUCUUAAACUUAUGGAAACACUACUGAUGAACAAUGUGUUGUUGCUUUUUGUUUUGUUUAUUUUCAAGAUGUAUCAUGAAGUGGUAUGACUUUUAAACUCCAGACUGUUUAAAGCAGCCAAGCAGCAGCAAAAUUAAAGCAAGAGAUUUUAUACGAGGAUUGUCAAAGAAAACUAUCUUCAGAGAAGAAUAAAGUGGGACAAUGGCAUCUGGAGAGUGCCUCCUGCUAGACCUGGAAAUGGAUAACUUCAUUCUCUACAACAUCUCUGUCAACCAGAGUGCAAAUCUCUCCAUCCUGAGUGAUGACUGGUUCUACCCAGCGUUCCUGUAUGCCAUCCCCACCAUUUAUGGGAUCAUCAUUUUGAUAGGCCUUAUCGGCAAUAUUACUUUGAUUAAGAUCUUCUGUACUGUGAAAUCCAUGAGAAAUGUCCCUAAUUUGUUCAUCUCCAGUUUGGCUUUAGGAGACCUGCUGCUCUUAGUGACUUGUGUGCCUGUGGAUGCCAGCAGGUACCUUGCUGAUGAAUGGCUGUUUGGCAGAAUUGGAUGUAAACUUAUUCCCUUCAUACAACUCACUUCUGUAGGGGUGUCAGUCUUUACUCUCACUGCUCUCUCAGCUGACAGGUAUAAAGCUAUAGUAAGACCAAUGGAGAUCCAAGCAUCCCAUGCACUGAUGAAGAUUUGUAUGAGAGCUGCUAUAAUCUGGAUUGUUUCCAUGUUGCUUGCCAUUCCUGAAGCUGUGUUUUCUGAUUUGCACCCCUUCCAUGACAAAGGCACUAAUAAAACCUUCAUCAGCUGUGCUCCUUACCCACAUUCUGACGGGCUACAUCCCAAAAUUCACUCAAUGGCAUCAUUUCUGAUCUUUUAUAUCAUUCCCCUGUCUGUCAUUUCAAUAUAUUAUUAUUUCAUUGCUAAGAAUUUGAUCCGGAGCGCUUACAACAUCCCCGCGGAAGGAAAUAUACAUGUGAGGAAACAGAUUGAAUCUCGUAAACGCCUGGCCAGGACAGUACUGGUCUUUGUGUGCCUCUUUGCCUUCUGCUGGCUUCCCACUCACAUCAUCUAUUUAUACCGGUCCUACCACUACUCAGAGGUGGACACAUCAGUGCUGCAUUUCAUUGCCAGCAUCUGCGCCCGGAUCCUGGCCUUCACUAACUCUUGUGUCAACCCAUUUGCUCUCUACUUGCUCAGCAAGAGCUUUAGAAAACAGUUCAACAACCAGCUGUUCUGCUGCAGAGCUCGCCUCCUCAUCCGCUCUCAGAGCAUGGCCAGGAGCACCACACGAAUGACCUCCCUCAAGAGCACCAACCAUUCCUUGGCUACCUUCAGCCUUAUCAAUGGCAACCAUGCCUGUCAUGAAGGCUAUGUCUAAAGUUCAUAGUCAGGGACCAGCACAGGGCAUGCCUAGUGUGGCAGGUUGGUUUUGCUCUGUGGGGUUGGGGAGUAGCACACACACACGCACGCGCACACACAUGCACAGAAGGAAAUUUGUCGUGUUCAGAGAUCUCAGAGGAGCUUGAAGUGUCCAGCUUUUAAUCCUGGCUUGAGGGAUGUCCAGAGCAGCAGAUCAUUUAGUACCUGACCACAGGAGCUCCCUGGGAUGGGCUGCAUCCCUUCAAGACCCACUGCCUUUAAUGGGAGUGAAGAGAGUGCCAAAAGAUCAAAUCCAGUUUGGACCUGGAAUUUCUUCAUCAGUUUCUGCUCAAUCCUGGAUUUGGGCAGACUUGCAGCAGUGGUAAAGACCAUACAAGUGGGAAAAAUCUGUCUGAAUGGUUGCAUCUACAGUUCAUGGUAUAAUUUAUUUUGAUGCCAAAAUAAAUCCACUUAAAUAAGGUAAAUAAUUUUACAAAAGAGUUCAGUGUAGGUUAUUUACAGACUUUUCAAGUAUUUAUUAAUGUUCUGAGUACAGUAUUAAUUCAUGGUGUAAAAGAUAUCAAGAGUUUACUGGGGUAUGUUGGUGACCCCAUCUGAAAUGAGCAGUAUCUUGCACCACAUCAAUAUGAAAGCAGUAACAUGUGAAUAAAUGUGAGUUGGAAUAUGUUUACAAUUUUUAAAUGUGUGAGCUUUGCCAUGUUGCAGAGGAGACAGCACAGCAUUUUCUAAGCAUUCCUAUUUUGCUCUUCCUGUCUUUGAGGUGUGAUAUAAUGGAUGUUUCAUCACCUAAGGGGUAAUGCAGAUUUUUAGGUGGGUUUGGCUAAGGGCAGACAAGUAAUAGAAAAUGAAGCAGAGGUGUUUUUCAUGCAGUAGUGCUUUGUAACACUGUAGUUGUUCAGUAAAAGCCAUCAGGAGUGCAAGGUCUGAUCUCCAACCAACAGCUUUAUCCUUCUAUCUUCAUAGAAAUCUCCUAUCUUCAUAGAAAUCUGUGGAGACAGAGUGACAAAACUGGCUAACAGAUUGGAUAAUCAGGUCUUCUAUAUUUUUCACUUCAGAAUAGUUCUUGUACCAGGUAUCAGCUAUUCUAGAAGUAGGAGCACAAUGUCUUGCAGAUAACAAAUUCUUGACAUGCAUGGGCUAUAGAACAGGCAAAGAAGUUACACACCUGAUAAAGAAAGCUGCUGCAAAUGAGGCCAAAAAACAAUCAUUGUAGCAGAAUAUUUAAUGGGCCUCAUCCUCUUCAAUGCUGAUCUUUUUUUCUUCCCAUGGCAAAACAAAUACAGUAAAACCUUGUGGUAGGCUUGCUCUGUGAAAGCAAAAAUGUUACAAGUGCAGUGUAAUCAUGAUCAGCCUAGGAUAUGUGAGCGCCCAGGGAUGCUGGUGGGAACUGCGGUCUCUAGGGACUCCAAAUGGGCUGUUAUGUCAAAGGCAGAGCCCUGAAAAUUUAAGCUCUUUUUUGCCCUUGGGAGUGGCACCCUCCAGAUAGGUUCAACCAUCAGGUAUGUGAGCUGAGGAUGUGGCUACACUGCCAAGUCAAUCUGACCUUCCUCCAAGCUGCUGCGAAGAAGGGCAGUCCUGCCCCUGGCCCCAGCACCCUGGCCACUUCCCCUGUGGCUAUCCCUUGUGCAGACACAAGUGCUCCCACCCCUGACCAGCCUGAAAACUAAUGUGGUGGGGGACUUCUGGGUUAUUUUACAGUUAAAUCAAUUCCCUUGUUCAACUGACUGUGUAGCUAUGGCUUUAAGUUCAAUUUACUGGGCUAUAUGAAGUCCUCUUUUACUCCAGUUUUCAGCAGAAGGACACUUUCCCUGAGCUUUAACAUUGAGCCACGCAGUACCAGAAGCUCCUGAUAUUAGGUUCAGUGGGCGAGCAUUUUUGAGAGAGUUUGGUUGAGUUUUGAGAUGUUUAUGACAUAGCAAAAUGAGAAAAAUUUAUCUGGCCUGAGGUAUUUUCAGUAAAUAUUUUCUUCAGCCUAGUAACAGUUUAGUUGAAGGUAAGCUGGAAUUAUGUGCUUCAAUAGUAGUCACACUGACUGCACUGUGAUGUGUCCUCCUGAUUGGUAAUGAACAGCAGAUUACUUUUGCUUCAGAAGAAACUUCAAUAAUUUCUGAAUUCUUGUUUCUGAGGGAAAGGGUGAAGCAAGAGCUUCAAUUUGAGCAAAUUGCAACUAUGAGGAUAAGAGCAUCGACAACAGCUUCCUGAGGGCUGAGCGUUAUUGCACAUGGACACUGCCUCUCUGAUCAAGAUGUGGCUUUAACACAGUAGAAUUAUGAAGGUAUGGCAUGGUGGAAUUAAAUAAGUGCUAUUGAUUGCACCUUUCUAUUCCUAACUGAGCAGAAAGAGUUUUCUGGCUCUGAUUUCCCCCAAAUGCAAUUGCCUAUGUCCACAUGUGUCACAGCCUUACCAUUGCUUAAUUUUCUCAUACUCUUUUUCUCUUUGUUUUGAUAGCAAAACACUGGGGAGCUGGGGAGUUUCCAGCUAAAGUGUAAGUCUUUUGUAAGAAGCUAAAAUACCUACAACUUCUUUUAAUUCUUAGCAACUUAAGCCAAGCCUUUUCAGAUGAAAACUAGCGUGCAAAUUUUUGUUGAAAUUCUUCAUUUUAUUCAGACUUCCCCCCCAUUUAAUAACUUUAAGAAAACUGGGUGGUUCUGUGGAAAAAAAAUCCAUUGAAAAAAGUUUCCAGGAAAAAAAUAUUUUUGAAUAUAUUUCACAAACUUGUGCUGAUUUUUUUAAUACCACAGAAAGAGCAAAUCUGAGGCAGGGAUUCUUUUAAUUUCAUUCCUGUGUUAAAAUAAUUAAGAAAACAAAAUGCAGUGAUUGAGGUCAGAAAAAAAAGAGCUCAGGAAAGUUGUCUGAAAUAUCCUGGUAUGAAACUCAAAUAUUUGAAACUGUAAAUGAUUUUUUUGUUUCUCGUUACUUGUCUCAUUACCCUGGUUUCAGAAACACAAUGUACUUAUUUACACUUUUACAGCAGUCUAAUCCCUUCCCUAGAGUUACGUCAGUGUUUGCUGAUACACCCGCGACAUUGAUUCUUUGAACCUGGAGCGUUGUCUGCAAAGUUUCUCACGUUUGAUAAAUUUUCAAAGGACUCGAGAUAAAUCCUCUGCCUUGGCAGGCGCCUCCAGAGACACACUCUCUAAUACUUCCCAGUCCUUGGAAACUUCCUGGUCCCGGACCCAGUAGCUGGGGCCGCGCCACUCUGCUCUGUCCUACACAUGGUGCUUGUGUAAUAAUCCUCCAACUGCAGAGUGCGGAUGGGAGAACUUUGUCUUGAGCAGGCUGCUGUAUUUUCCUCAAUGGGGAAUUAUUGCUAUUUACUACAGUGGUGCUAGGCUUUUAUCCUAGGUCAGAAGCACUGUGGACCAGAGGGUUAUUGAAUAUAUAGUUGCCCACUAGAUAAACCAGCAUGAAGCAUGAAAUUAAUAUUUAACAGGAACAUGUGAGUAGGUACCUUGCUACCUUCAUGCCUUUUCAAGAAGAAUUAAAUGGCGGGGGGGGGGGGCAGACAUUGUGCAGUAUUCCAUGUUCUUCACUAGGAAUUUGAGAUUUCUGGGAUUCCUGAAUUCCCUUUGUGCCCAUUGAACAUGGUGGGUGAUGAAGACACUGAGUAAAACACAGCAUUCAGCUGUUUUUGCUUAAGUUUAGAAUAAUUCAGUGUAGUUUGGCUCCAAAAUUAUUGCUCAUAAGUAAACUUGGAAAAUCCCUGCAAAGAAUGCAAAAGUAAUUCACAGCCUUUCACCAUAAGGCUGCGCUGCACCAGAAGGCUGUGUUGCCAUUCAGAGAGACCUGGACAGGCUGGAGAGUGGGGCAGAGAGGAACCUCAUGAAGUUCAACAAGGGCAAGUGCAGGGUCUUGCACCUAGGGAGGAAUAAUCCCAUGCACCAGUACAGGCUGGGGGUUGAACUGCUGGAAAGCAGCUCUGUAGAGAAGGACCCGGGAGUCCUGGUGGACAACAAGUUAACCAUGAGCCAGCAGUGUGCCCUUGUGGCCAAGAAGGCCAAUGGUAUCCUGAGCUGCAUUAGGAAGAGUGUUGCCAGCAGGUCAAGGGAGGUGAUCCUCCCCCUCUGCUCAGCCCUGGUGAGGUCGCAUCGGGAGUACUGUGUCCAGUUCUGGGCUCCCCAGUACAAGAGAGACAUGGCACUACUGGAGAGAGUUCAGCGGAGGGCUCUGAAGAUGAUGAGGGGACUGGAGCAUGUCUCUCAUGAGGAAAGGCUGAGGCCUGGGCCUGUUCAGCCUGGAGAAGAGAAGACUGAGGGGGGAUCUUGUCAAUAUAUACAGAUAUCUGAAGGAGGGUGUCAAGAGGAUGGGGCCAGACUAUUUUCAGUGGUGCCCAGUGACAGGACAAGAGGCAACGGGCACAAACUGAAACACAGGAAGGUCCAUCUGAACAUGAGGAAAAACUUCUUUACUGUGAGGGUGACAGAGCACUGGAACAGGUUGCCCAGAGAAGCUAUGGAGUCUCCUUCCCUGGAGACACUCAAAACACACCUGGAUGCGAUCCUGUGCAACGUGUUCUAGGUGACCCUGCUUGCACAGGGGGGUUGGACUAGAUGAUCUCCAGCGGUCCCUUCCAACCUCAACCGUUCUGUGAUUCUGUACAGAAACCUUCUAAUACUGACACCAGUUAAAGAUUUCAGAGUCAUCCCUCUCCUUCAGCUCUGCCUAAAAGGUGCAUUUGGGUUGCACUGUUCCAAAUAUUGCCUUUUAGAAAAUGUUUAGUUAUGGAAAAUUGAAGGUGUGUGAUUCUGCUGCAUGGCAACAAUAACUAAGCAAGCAAAAUCAUCACACGGUGGAAAAGAGGGGUUAUAUUUUAGAACCCAGACAUUUAUUUUAGGUAGAAAAAAACCACAAAAUACUGCAUAAGGUAAUGAAUUUUUCUUCUUUUUAAGCAAAACAAAAAUUUCAAGGGCCUUUAUUUAACCUAACAAUAAAACAGGGAAUCUGUUAUUGAUAUGUGUAAUACUGAUUCUCAUAAUUACUUUGAUUUGAAAUUGAAUGAAAUGAACGUUAUAGCUAUAAAACAGAAAGCUCACAUUUUUAUGCAUGGUUUGGCAGAAAUUAUACACCUUAUUGCUCAUUUUUCUGACAAAAUACAAACUUUUUUACUCAGAAAAGCAUCUGUGUGUAUCCAAUUGGUCUUUCAGCCUUCUUUAAAGGCAAGAAAUUCAGUGCUGCUUAUCAGAGCAAUACGCAAUCCCCUGAAUGUUAAAUGCAUGACCCUUAUUGUUAGUGCUAGGCAUCAUGAUGAUAACAGGGUAGCUUACCUGCUCCAUCCUGGGAAACCAAAGCAGGUGCUGUGCCUAUAUCAUUCUUCCAUAAAUCAUCAGAGCUGUCUUAUACUGCCCUUUCCAAGAGGAAGGAGGCAGCAGUUCAAGUUGGUAAGGGAAUGUUCAGAUGGCAUUAUUCAAAACUGAAGGCUUUCUGCACCUUUACUGAGCUAUUUGUGCUAUCCUUAGUCUUUUUUUCCUUUUUUUUUUUAAUGACAUCAUCUUUAUACAAGUUGGUAUCUUUUAAGCCUAAAAAAUGUACAUAUCAAGAGAAAGCAGAUUUGAAUCUUCUGGAAAUUCAUAUUUAUUUAGCAUCAGAAAAAGAUGGUCUUAGCAUAAGCAUGUGGUUCACCCGGCUGUAAAGUGUAUUUUAGUUUGGAUAGCUCAGCUGUGCUUAACCUGCAGGCAUGUAGCAUAAAGGGCUCAGACAGCCUGUUGCCCGGGCUGUAAGUCAACCAUUUCUGAGGAGCACUGGGCUUGAUGGCAGGGUGUCCCACUGGCUCCUGGAGGCAGAGGUGCUACUAGGAUCGCCCCUGGGCCAAACUCAUCUACAAAUCCCAGUCCAGGCCGCCCAAGUGCUGUUAGCUCGGGACAGCAUUACAGAUCCUGUAUAAUUUGUUUCUCCUCUGUAAUAGUUUCACUAGAAAGCCUGAAGUUUAACCACACAGACCACCUUUAAUCAUGUUAGUAUGAUUGGUACUGAUUAAUAAAGAGCCCAGAGCCUUGAAAUUAGUGGACCUGGAUGUGGAAUUACACUUAGUACGUGAGUCCUUACCCAGCUGGGGCAUCUGUGUAGGUCUUCUCCCAGAGGGGACAAAAGAAGUAGUGACACAACAAAUUGUAAAGUUCACCACUGUUGGCUGGCUGGCUGGCUGAGUACCUAUGUGCCUACUUUGCAUUUCAUAAUAAUUGAUCAUUUCAGUGGCAACUGUAAUAUCUUUUAAGAAUAGAGACUAAAUACCACUUUGCUUUAUGCCAAGAUUAUCAAUGAAGACUUUAUCUAAUUUUAUAUUAAAAUCACAUCCAAAACUCAUUUUAAAAGUGCCUAAUUGCUUGUUUCUGGAAAUAGCUGCUUCAAAAGAUUUCUGUGAUCAGUUUGACUAUUUUACCAUAAGUGGAUAUGAAUUAAAGAGAACUGAUCAUAGAAUUCUUUUGAAAUAAGGAUUUAAUCCAUCUUAAUGUAAAUUAAUUAACUUCACGCUAAAAAUGCCUGCCUUAUGAUGAACAUCUUUUUGCUAUGAAGUGCUGCUGUGUGUUGUCAAGACCAGUCAGUCCCUUAGGUCAGUACAGUAUAUUGCUCUGAAAUUCAUGGAUCUGGGCUUUGUGUCGGACAGCAUAUUACUGCUGUUCAGUCCACCAUAACACAUAAGCAUUUCACUUGUCUCCCACAGUUGCUUUUUAGUGCGAGGUGGAUGUGACACAAGUCUCUGUGCUAUGAGGCAGAGAACAAUGACUGUAACAUCAGUCUAGUGAACAGGUUUUUAGUCCAAAAGCGUUCAAAACAUUUUGCCAAAAAAAAGUGAUGUUUUCAUCUGUGUUUUAUGAAAAGCCUAAAAUAAUUCCAAAGUAGAAAUGGCUUGUCUACCAGUCCCGGAGGUUAGUGACAGAGUUGAGCAUCAUCCCCAGGGUAGCAUGCUUCUUUGGGGCUCCCAAACUCAAUGCCCCCAUCACCUGGGGGCACUUCUAGGGGGUCAUCCCUCCUGGUUUGGACACCCCCCUUUGUAUGAGACAAGGUGCCCUGUCUCUCUCCGUUGACCACCCAGACCAGUUCUAGAUGACUGGUUCAGGCUAGAUGCCUAAUUUUUGAAGGGGUAACCUCGGCCAAGACAAACCCCACCACAGUUGCCUAGCCCCAGCCCACACUUCCUCCUCACCAGUUGUCAUCAGCAUCCUCAACAAGGCUGCAGUCAAGGCCCAGGUCUCUUGUACUUACUAGCUGCUGCUUGUAUCCUUGCCAAAACUAUCCCACAGCCACAUCAGUCAGGCCACCAAGAUGGUCUGCAAGGAGAAAGAGGCUUUUCCUUCUCCUUAAUUGGACCAUGCAUAUGCCUGUCCAAGACGCAGACUUGGGCACAGACUCAUCCUGCCUAGCUGGAGGCACCUUAAUAGGAUGAGAGGAGGCCUCUCCAGAGUGGUGUUCAGCCUUCUGCCCAUGUGGCUGAUCCUCUGGAGCUGUCUAGCCCGCUGUGGGCAUUAUAGAGGGAACCUGUUGUGAAUACGUCCCUAAUGGCAAUGUUCAUGUUUUGGGAUGAAUCUAGACCUCUUGCUCCAGCUUCGUUACACCGUAAGCAUGCCUAGGAAGGACCGGAGCAGCAGCCUGUCUCCCUUGCACCGUGUGGUUACUCAUGUAGCAGACUGAGUGGGAGGAAGACCCAGAAGAAAAAUGCAUUAUUCCCAUAGGCUCACUCAGGAGAAGACAGUAGCAAAGUCAGAAAAAUCUCAGAUCAGUCUUAUGUCUACAGUGCUUACAAUUUUACUAUCUAUGCUGCAGGUUGAAGGUGAAGGCCAAGACAGGGCAGCUUAUUGCAGACCAAUGGCUAAACACAGCCACAGGUCUCAUGUACGUGAAUAUUGUUUUGACCAUGUAAAAGACAAACUGUGGGAACAAAAUAAUUUACUGAUGGCCAAAGGGAAAUGUUGUGCGUUUUGGCAAAGUUGGAUGCUUUUCUCUCAGUGUUGCAUUGCAUUUCUGGAAAGAGGUAAGCCAUGCUGUAUGAGCUGAGGGCCAGAGGCCAGGUUGCAAAGAAAACCUCUCAUUUUUCAACUUCCUUCAAUCAGUGGUUAGGAGUCUCAAAGGGUAACCCAUCUCAUUUCCAAGAAGCAGAGCCUUGUGAAUGAUAGAUAGGUGAGCAGUGGACUCCAGAAAGGUAUUUCCAGUUCAGUUGGUUGCUCCCAGAGCAAAAAUCAGCAUUUGCUUCUAAUUGUUCUCAAUGUGCAUUUAGGACCAGUUGUUAGCGGUCUAGAACAAGCCAGGAAUCAAUUCAGGAAACAUGGUGAUCCAUUGCCAUGACGCACACUUUAGCAGUAUCUUAAAAAGACCAUAGAGUAUUUGCUUUUUAUAAAAAUUAUGACAGAGAGAACCAGUUAUAUAUUAUAGAUUGCCUUUAUCAGCAGUUCACUCUGAAGAUAGCUGAAAGACACAACCCACUUUGUAUCAUUUUGCAAGAACGCAUGUUCAGGAGCUUAGUUAUGAACUAAAACACUGUACAUAUUUCAUAAAGUAGGUGUAAUUUUAAUAUCUCCUCUGAAUAUUACUUAUUGCUUUGUAAAGUAAUGAAUGUAUGCAUUCAAACAUCUGUCUAGAAUACAAAUGUCUUGAAUUACUGUGUACAGAGGCAAUGUAGUUUAUUUUACUUGAAACAUGCUUUGCUUUCUCUUUUCCAGAUGCUGUGUAAUCUGGUAUGAAAACCACUGAAAAAUAAUUUUCUUAUCAAAUUAAAAUUUGCAUAACUGUUAAUGUUUCAGCUCCCUUGAAACAACAUUUAGAAGAGAAUUUAUAAGAAAAAAGUCAAAAUGCUAAAGCAUCUCUAUUCUCGUUUGGGUUUUUCUUGCCUUUGGAUAUAUUUUCUAAUUUUAUAUACCGUGUUUUUAAAAAUGCUCAUGAAUGGCCUCUAUAGAAAUAUGGACUCACAUUGAACACUCUAUCAAAAGGUAAAUAUUGAAUUACACAAAGUUUAUAGCUAAUAAACCAUGACA